AUGUCGUCCACCGAACCCAUUGCGCCCCUCAAGCCAGCCGCGGAUGAGAUACCGCAAUUGGCUACUUACACAGCCGAAUCUGAAGAUGACCGCAUUGAAGGAUUGCGCCUGGUUGCCGACUCUGUUGCGCAGCAGCGCCAGGUCUCCAGCAAGAUGCUGAUCUUCCAUCCCAUCACCCUCGCCGUGUUUGGUCUGAUCAGCGCCGUUGCUACUCAAUGGAUGCUCAAGUCUUACAACGACUGGCUUAUGGUUGGCACUACCGUCGGAGGCAUUGCCAUGACCUUCUUGAUCUUCAUCCGCUGGAUGACGGGCGAAUACAUUGGCAUUGCGGAAGACAUCGAUAUGAACUGGCUGGGCGAUGACAGGCUCAUUGUGGUGAAGUGGGGUGAAGACAUUAUUGGUGCAUUGGUGUUGGGGUGGGCAGACAAUGAUGCCGCAAAGAAGCGUGGCAGGAGAAGACGCGGCAAGGCAGUCAUUCGUGCAUGGACUGUCAAGCUGAAGUACCGUGGCAAGGGCGUUGGCGAAGGUCUAUUGGAAGAGGCGGUCAAGGUUGCUGGAGAGAGGGGCGCAGACGGUAUCGUCUUUGACGCCGACCAUGCCAACUCAAAACGCAUUCUUCCCACCAUCUUCAACAGCUUCCUCGACAAGCAAGAAGCGAAAGCUGAAAAGGCACUCAAGAAGGUCGCCGACGACAAAGGCAACUUUAGACAACGUCAGAGCUCUCCCACUUGGGGCAGCCGAUAAGACAUAGAACAUUUCUUCUACAGGAGGGGGGCGGCGUUCAGGUUUCCAUUCGAAACAAACUUCCUUUGGACGAUACCCAAAUCCCUUCGUUUGUUCACACUCAAAGAUACCCCACGCAUCGAUCCAAUCGCUAUCGAUGCUCAUGUAGCCAAAGAUUUUCUUAUCUCACAA